AUGUCGCGAGCUGAGAACGAACAGGCCGAUAAACGAAAGACCGAAGAAGAGCAUAUCGAGCGCGAGAGGGCCAGCGGAAACAAGCUCUGGAGCGUCUACACCACCGAGGCGGAGAGCUACGAUAAAGGCCUCAUCGAAGGCUGGCGCAGCGAGAUGGAUGGUCUGCUGAUCUUCGCUGGUCUCUUCUCCGGUGUCGUUACGACAUUUAUCAUCGACAGCUACAAGACGCUGAACGCUGACUCGGGCAGCCAGACGGUCGCGCUGCUCAGCCAGACUGUCGUCCUCCUCAGCCAGAUCUCGCAGCAGCUCGCGAACAUGAACAACGGGACUGCAAUGGCGGGCGCCCUGCCUCCCCCCGCAGCCUUUUCGCCCCAGGCCUCCUCCCUUAUCUGUAACGCACUCUGGUUCACAAGUCUUGCACUGAGCUUGUCGAGUGCCCUUGUCGCGACUCUGGUCAAGCAGUGGGCGCAGGAGUACCAGCACCGCACAUCGAUGUUCUCCUCCCCCUCUGUCCGCGCACGUGUGCACAUGUAUCUUUACUACGGCUUACGACGCUUCAAUAUGCAUGCCGUUGUUGGCGUUCCCCCCCUUCUGCUGCACGCUUCACUGCUCCUCUUCUUUGCGGGUCUCGUUGCCUUUCUCGUGCCCGUCAACGUCAUUAUCACGGGCAUCUCCUCCGCUCUGCUGCUCCUCUUCGUUGUGGUCUAUGCGACGUUCACUGCACAUCCGCUGUUUUUCCUCGACAACACGCAUCCGCAGUCCCAGAGCAUGAUUGUUGCACUGAAAUCGGCGGCACUGCGCCCCACCGUUGACACAGAAAGACGGGCUCUCACGUGGACCGUCCGGUCUCUCUCUGAUGAUGACGAGCUUGAGAAACUUGUCGAGGGGCUCCCCCAGACGCUGUGGGAUUUCGAUCGAAACAAGCCUCGUAGUGUGUACCAGGCACUGUUCCAGUCCCUGUUGCGGGAUCCGCAUGUCCAUCUUGGACAGCGUCUCGCCGAUUUCAUGGCUGGCUCCAACAGCAAUCUGCUCGAGCACAAGGACCGCCUCCGCCGCCAGCUCUCAGUGCUCCGGGCGAUCUGGGCAAUCUGCGCGUUCUCUCUUCACACGGGGUCGCCUUUGCAAAGUCCAAUCGGAGAAGCUCACGUGGACCAUGCGCUGCUUGGCUCGAAAUUUCUUGAUUCUCCUGACGCGCAGAGCAUGCUUCCCGACGUGUCUGCUCUGAUCCAUCUGAACAUGAUCGAGUCUCAGAGCCGGCAACAGGACCACACACCGACGAGCGAUUCCGACGGCGAUAUCCACGCCGAAGCGGAGGAACGACGGCAAGCGGACCUGCGAUGGACGUACGUGCAUUAUCUGGUGGCACUCUCCAAAUGCGGUGCCUGCUUCCAACAGGAGCAGACCAGUUCAUUCUUCUAUCGGUCACGAAUGGUCUUCACGGAAGCAAUCGCCUACUGGACUCUGCAAGACGCUCUCGAAAAGCUGAUCAAUUCAGCGUUGGAAAAGACAGCGGACGAGACCGCGGACAAUCUUGUUUUUGCUGCUCGCCAGAUGAUCAGCCUGUUGGCACACACAUCGGAAUAUCCCCAUUGGUCGCUGCCGGGUCUUGGGCCGUUCCUUGUCCGACAUCCGUCCCUCACCGCCUCUGAGUCAGGGUCCGCUUCGAAGCAUCAUUACACCCGAUUCCUAUGCCACAUGCUAUGCACAAACUUGAAGUACCCGUACCAUCCCCAAGCAUGUGUGGACGCCCUCCACCUGAUUUAUCGGAAUCUGGUCGAGUCCGAUGUGCAACUCAGAGACUUUGAUACCCAUCUUUAUGUCCUCCGCACUGUGCGCAUUCAUGCAGCCGACAUCCGCACGCACCGUUUGGCUGUCGUCGUCCAGUUUGUCGUGCUCAAAAAUCUCCGUCCGCGUUUGUCAAAAUCGGUGGAUUUGGCGGAAUGGGAGCAAUUGCCGAGCAUCUUCAGCGACGAAGCCUGGUUCCGCCCCGUGCUCGGCCUUGACAACAAGAGGGGGACGGAAAUUUACGAGUGUGCAUGUGUGGGUGUUGUGACCACUUUCCUCGAGCAGUGUGUCGCCCGGAGUCCGGAUCAAACGGAGCGCGACCUGGACUUUGAGACGCUCAAAUCGGUACACAGAUUUGCCCGCAUUCAUUCGGUGAUCCCGAUCAAACUGCAACGUCGAUUCGCCAACGCCGUCUCUGGAUUCAUCCGCAAAUAUCCAGAGAACAGUCUUGCAGAUGGCAAUAUGCUCGGCUUGGUGCUUUACUGGGCCGUCAAUGAGUUCGACGGGUGGAUCACCAAAUUGGAUGCAUUGCACGUCCUGGACACGGCUCUGUCGGAGGUGCAGACGAACGACCGGCAGCAAGAACACCAGAUCAAUGCUGAAUUUAUCCGCGAAAAGAUGCAAAGGCGGCUCCUUCCCGAGAUCAUUUUCUCUGCCUUUGUUUCGCUCGUGAGUGACGAGGAGUAG